UAACUUCACUUUCAGUUUGUUUUCAGUAUAUUAAGGGAGUAAAACCCUAUGUUAAGUGAAACCCGGAAGAAAAAUAGAGUUUAUCAUCACAUUUUAAGACGCCAUGAAGUUGAAACACAAAGGAAAUCGUUUUAGAAAUCUUCAGAAGUCGAUACUGGCCUUGUUUCUUGUAUUCGUUGUUGCAACACGCGGUAACGAUCAUCUUAAACACCGAGUUUUGCUCGUGUCUUAUGAUGGAUUCCGCUGGAAUUACUUAGAUAAAAUUUCAAAUAAGGUGAAUUUUGAACGCAUAAUAAACGCAGGAGUGUAUGCAAAAAAGGGACUGCAGAACGCAUUCAUUACAAAGACAUUUCCCAACCACUAUACUCUGGUGACAGGGUUAUACGAGGAGAGCCAUGGCAUUGUCGCAAAUGAGAUGUAUGACCCACUGUUUAAUGAGACAUUCUCUUUAUCUGACCCUGAGGAUGUGAUCAAGUCUAAGUGGUUUGACGAUGGGGGUGAACCUAUUUGGGUUACAAACCAGAAACAGUCAACUCCUUCAUUACCUCGGCGGAGUGGGUCUCUGUUUUGGCCAGGAUCAAUGGCAAGUGUUCACGGGUACCUCCCGACUAAGUAUCUGGCGUAUGAUCCAAACAUGAAGUUUGAGGAGAGAGUGGACAUUAUCAUAUCGUGGUUUCUGGACAAGGACCCAAUAGACUUGGGAUUGUUAUAUUACGAACACCCUGAUGAAGAAGGACAUGUGUAUGGCCCAGAGAGUGACAAUAUGACACUCACUAUACAGAAACUAGAAGCGUGUACAGGGUAUCUCCUAGACAGUCUGGAGAAGAAUAAUCUACUUGAUACGGUGAAUGUCAUUUUAACAAGUGACCAUGGCAUGACAACAACACCAAAUGACAAAACCAUUGUGUUAGGAGAUUACAUUCACAAAGACUUAUACAAAGUGAUUGUUAUGAACAACCCUAUAGUUAGUAUUAUACCUCAAAAUGAAACAGCUGGAGAUGCGAUUGUCAGCAAAUUAAAAAAUGUGGCACAUCUAGAAGUCUACAAAAAAUCAGAAAUCCCUCAAGAAUACCAUUACAGCAGAAAUCGCAGAAUUUUGGACAUAUUGAUUGUAGCUGAUUUGGGGUAUACCAUAGUGGAGUCCAAGGAUCAGAAUUACACAGGAAAGGGUGACCAUGGUUACAACAACAGUCUCCCAGACAUGCACCCGUUCUUCAUGGCCAUGGGUCCAGCGUUCAGGGUCAAUCACACCGUGGAGACCUUUAAAAAUGUCGAUGUCUAUCCUUUGAUCUGCAGUAUCCUGGGCAUUGAGCCUGCACCAAAUAACGGCUCAAUGGAUAUUGUCCACGGCUUACUGAAGCCGAAAAAGGAGAGAAAAUUAUAUGAAUUAGACAACACAUUUGUUGUUUAUUUAGUGAUUUUAGCUAUCGGGGGUAUCUUUGCUGGAAUUUUUACAAUUGGUGCCUGUCGCCAGAGAAGAUUUCACAGACACGGAGAGUUGACCCCGCUUCCAUACAAGCGCCCCACAGCAUCCUACUCCCCCGUCUCCCUGUCUCAAAAUGGACCCAGUCUACCCCUACUCAGUGACGAUACAGAGGAAGAGUUCUAAUUUUAUACAACAAUUUUUGCUUAAUUCCUCUAGUUUACAUUCAGGAAGAUCAUGUAACUUACAAAGCAUUUUUUCUUUUGUUUGCUUGUACGUGUUUUUAUGAAAUGUUUUAUGGAUAUGUUCUUUAUAUUAGUUCUACCAUUUGAGUGCAUAUGGGUACUUAUCAAAUAAUAACACUGUCUCUUAUUCUAAGUUGAUGGUGGAUUUUUUCUCAGAGUCCUUUUGCUUGAUAAUACAUGUAUCUAUGUUGUAUGGCAAAUUUACAUCAUUUCUUUUUCUGAAAAUUGGCCGUUUUCCCUCAAGUCUUAGUAGACAGGCAGUUUAGUUUCAUGAACUGUUAGCCAGUACUUUAAUAUAACUCUUACACUACCCUCUCUAACCCCUCGCCCCAUAUAUUAAUAAAGGCAUGUUUUGUUGUCACUUGACAAUAAUAUCAAUGACUUCAAAAUUAUACCUGGGUAUAUCUCAUUUUAAACCAAAGUAAUUUUUUCAUUACUAAUGUUCGUCUCUGUUUUGAUAAAGUCAGGGAUGUAUAUACAUGUAGUAUUAUAUACACUGUAUGUCCCUGAUUAAGUGCAUCAUUUUUUGCCUCUGACCAUGGUACUUGACUUUGACCAUAAAAAAUUAUGUGACAGUACAUCUUUGCUAGCCAAGGGUUUUCGGUCCACUUCAUAAACCCCUGGGUUUAUGGGGAGCAAAGUGGACCAAAAACUCUUGGCUAGCGAAUAUGGUGACAGUAAGGCAAAGACUUUAUAAGAUUAGAUGUUUGUAAUUCAUUGGCCACUGUAGAGGAACUAUAUAUAUAAAAAAUUAUAGUGUAUUUCCUGCUCACCUUUUUUUUUCUAUAGAAUAUAGCUUAUGUAAGUGACUGUAUGUAUUUCCUGUUAUCUCAAUUUUGCAAAUGGUGCUUACUUGAUACAGUUGACAGAUUUAUUUUUUGCAGCAAGUUCAGUGAUCAUGUAUUUGAGCAUUACCUUUAAUCCUAUAUUUUUGAAAAUAUUUAUUUUAACAGUCAGCAUGUUUGUGUUAUUAAAAUGUUGCAAGAAAUAUUUUCUUAUGACUACAAAUGUUACAUCUACUCUUGCGUUAUAUUUAGUAGUAAGUGUUUACUUUAUUUGCCAAAUACAGCAUAAUUUCAGCUUACAGCAUUCCAGAAUUGCUGUAUGUUUAAGCAGGUGUUUGUUUUAUAUUAUAACUCUGUGGUUGGUUCAUAUUCUUGUUCUUUAUUUGUACGGAAGUGUAAUAGAGGCAUUGAUCCACAUUUUAUGUUGCUUUGUUAAAUUGGUUACCUCAUGAUUAAUUUUUCUGUGUGUCUGUGAUGAUGUUCAUUAUUUUUGUUUACUUUUUUCUAAUUAACUGUGAUCUGGUUAUAUACUUUACAGGAUUGAUUAAGCUGUUCCAAGUUAAUUCUCAGAUUAUUAUCACCUUUAAAAUUAAAAAAAACAAACAAACCUACGAUAGAAGUGAGGAUAAGAUUUUUCACACUGGUAUUUUUUUUAUUUACGUUAAUACAUUACUGUUAGAAUUCAAGUUUUGUGUAAACCACAUGUACCUGCAUAUUUUAUGAUACGUCCUAUCUGUAAUAAAGACAUUCUUGGGGAGUAUUCCCAAAAAAUCCAUGCGACAUAAAUAUAUUGUAUUUCUACAGUUGCCAAAUUUUUAGUUGCAAAAGGUAAAAUCAAACUUGAGAGAAAUUAGAGUUUGUUUUCUCAAAAAUACCAUUUCUCCUAAUCUUAUGUCGUGACAUUUAUAAAUCGUGUUUGAAAAAGGGGAAUAACUCAAUUUUCUAUUUAAACUUGAAAAAAAAAAUUCCAAUUUUUAAAAAUGUUGAAAGCUAAUGUCUUGCAGAGAUAAAAAAUAAUAAUAAAAUCAUAUUAUUCUUUUAAAUUUUGGCCCAAGAAACUAAGGAUAAUUAUUUUUGGGUUUACAUGCUUACACUUGUAGAAGAUCUCUUGUACAUUCCACUUGUUCCCUGUUUAUUAUUUUGUAUUUAUUAUACAUUUCGAACCAGCUUUAAUUAUUAUUAAAUUGCGUUGUAUUGUGCAUAAUUCUAAAUUUUUUCUUUCACCAUUAUGAUGCUCAUUUAUCAGACAAAUAAAUGAAUAAAAAAUUGAU